GUUGUGUUCUAGACUUGCAGCCAGUUUGAAGGUCCUGAAUUACGCUGGAUUAGUUCCAAGAUAGUUUGUUACUGCUUCCGGGAGGCUUUGUGGUUUUGACAUCCCCUGCAUGUGCAGCACCUGUAGGGUACCAUCUGCGACAGCUGCAUAUAUUUUUUUGAGUGCAACGCCGAUGUGGGACAUAGUAAUUGUCAACACCAACCAUGCAUGAAAUCAUCACGUUACAGCUCGGUCAGAGAGCCAAUUACCUGGCCACACAUUUUUGGAACCUCCAGGAAUCUUACUUCACCUACAACGAGGAAGAGGAAUCUCCGGUAGACCAUGAUGUCCAUUUCCGCCCAGGCGUCGGCGCCGAUGGGUCGGAAACAUACACCCCUAGGACUGUCAUAUAUGAUCUCAAAGGCGGCUUUGGCACACUCCGCAAGUACAACGCUUUGUACGAGUUGACUGAAGAUGCCACUCCUGGCCAGGGCUUAUGGGAUGGAAGGGAGGUUCUACAACAGCAAGCGCCUAUUCCCCAGAGUGACUAUCAGAAGAGCCUCGAUGCAGGGCUACCUGCUCCAACGCUCUCUGCAGAAACAGUCAGGUAUUGGUCGGACUAUAACAGACACUUCUAUCACCCUCGCUCUAUUGUACAGCUCAAUGACUAUGAGCUGAAUUCCAAAAUUAUGCCUUUCGAGGAUUGGACCAUUGGCGAAGAACUAUUUAAUGAGCUCGACAAAGAGCAUGACUUGCUCGAUCGUGACGUCAGACCAUUCGCAGAAGAAUGCGAUCAGCUGCGGGCACUGCAAAUAUUCACCGGCUCUGACGACGCAUGGGGCGGCUUUGCUGCAAAGUACAUUGAUAGGAUUAGGGACGAAUAUGGCAAGAAGUCCGUCUGGGUUUGGGCCAUCGAGAACGGAAAGAAGGUCGAUCGGCAAACUCAGUUCAAGAGGGACUUGAACAAAGCUCGGUCUGUACACGCCAUCUCCACACAGGCGUCGCUGUAUGCGCCCAUUAUCGAUCCUCCAAGUAGAAUCCCUCAAUCUAUAUAUCUCGAUGCUCGGUCGGAAUGGUACACCUCGGCCCUGGUUAGCGCCGCCAUGGAAAGCGUGUCGCUCCCGACACGACUGCGUCCAUAUCACGACUUUGAGGCGUCCCUGGCCGGUGAUGAUGGCACCCAUAAGAUAUUCGAGCUGCAAAGUACAAUGGUGCAGGAUGGUGAAGAUGCCACAAAGUCGCAUACCAAACCAUCAGAUGAUAGCGAUGAAAAGGAACCCGGAAGCUCACCGAUCAAAACGGAAUUCGACCUGGACUUCACCUACGACGGGCUGGCUUGCAGAAAUUCCCACCAUGUCUUCAACCAGCUCCAAGUUUCACGGGGACUUGCCGAUGGGGGAGAUGAGUCGGGCGGAGAGGAUCAGGGUAUCCUCCGCAGAAAACGACAUUUUAAUUCAGAACCAAUGUUCCAGAGGUUCCAUACGACCCUACCUUUCCCGAUUCUGGACAGCUUCCCCCAGAAUAUGUUCCCAGAACUCAAAUCGAAGGAGAAAAUCAAUAUCCUUGCAGCGUUGACUGUCUCUUCGCGAACGGCGGAGAGACUGAAAGUCUAUGAGACAUUGGCUGGGCGCGUGGCUGGAGUGGAUGAGCGGGAAACUUUGGUGAAUGGGCUGGGCGAGAUCCGUGAGACAUACGAGACAGGAUGGAUGAGCGAUUCCGAUUUUGAUGAUGACUAGCCUUAUAAAAAUAAUAUACCUCACACUUGCAUCGUAAUUGUAGCAUCAUUGCCCAU